UGUGCGGAAGCGUGUUGCGCCGACUCGACAUGCCUGUCGUUUCAGUACAACAGUAACAACCGAUGCUAUGUGAAAAGCAGGCUCUGCUCAGAUGGGCAGAAAGUGUCUACAUCGGCUGGCAACAUGUACGAUCGGAUUUCUAUAUCAGUGACACCCACGGCUAGCAACACUCCUAGUGGUGCAUCCGACACAAUUACCUGCGAGGCUUGCCAAGAUGGGUACAAGUGUGUGAAUGGAGAUGAGGUGGAGGAGAUCUGUCCUGCGGGGACCAUAAGCAGGUCGGACGGGACGGCAUGCGAUCCGUGUGCCGCUGGAGAGUUCAGCGGUGCGGCCGGAUCCACAACCUGUCAGCAGUGCCCGGCCGGACAGUUCAACACACAGAGCGGAUCGUCCAGCUGCCAGCCCUGCCCAGCAGGAAAGUACAGCUCCUCCACAGGGUCAACCGAAUGUCAAGUCUGUCCGGCCGGAAGGUACAGCUCUAGAGGUUCCUCGUCAUGUACCCGCUGUCCGGCAGGGCGAUAUAGCCCGAGCAGCGGCUCAUCAAGCUGUCAGAGCUGCCCAGCUGGAGAGUACAGCUCCAGCAGUGGGUCUACCAGCUGUCAGAGCUGUCCAGCGGGACAGUACAACACACGUCAGGGGUCCACCAGCUGUCAGAGCUGUCCUGCUGGACAGUACAGCGGUUCCAGCGGUUCUACCGGCUGCCUGAUCUGCCAGGCUGGAUCUACCAGUAGCGUGGGCGCAACUGUCUGCACCGACAUCAACGAAUGCCAGUCAAACCCAUGUCAGAAUGGCGGCAUCUGUCAGAACAUGGUUGACCGUUACUCUUGCACCUGUAGUGGUUAUUUCGAGGGAGAUAACUGUGAAACAGCUGCGUACACUCACCUGGGGUGCUACAGGCAAUCUGAUGGCACCACUAACGUCAUGGCUUCAAUGGAAGGCCAUUUUGGGACUGGCUACCAAAACCGCGACGGUGCCAUUUUGCGGUGCUACACGGUUGCCGAGGAGGCUGGCUACAAUCUGUUUGCCCUGGAGGAUGGUGGCAUGUGCCGGGGAGGAAACGAUCAGAUUGGAAGGUACCGCGUGUUAGGGUUCUCCCAAAACUGUGGAAAUGACGGUAAAGGUGGAGAUAAUGCAAUUGAUGUUUAUCUCAUCCCUGGAAAAGCUACAUGGCUACCAAGUCGCGGGUCUUGGAUUGUGGAUCAGACUCAAACAUAUGAUAAUAAUCGUGCCAAUCGCCUGUUCGACGUCAACGAUGCAACCUACUGGAACCCCGUAGGCCCCUACAUCACAGCACCGAGAUACCACAACAGAUGGUUCUUCGCGAUGGAUCUCACGGUGCCGCACACUCUAACCCGCAUCAGGUUCAAGAAUUAUGGAGACACCACACACGACAUCAGAGUCUUCAAGUUGCAGAUGUCACAGGUUGGAAGUCCGUACGACUGGGACGAUGUCAAGUCCGUUACUGACGUACAGGCAGGGACAACCGCAUUCCAGGAGUUCGGCAGUUUCCAGGGAACAGCGCGGUACUGGAAGUUCCUGGUAACUCGGACCCACGAGGGCUACCAGCCAUGGGCAAGGGAGGUGGACUUCUAUGGAUUCCCGUCUGUGUAGUCAGCUGCCUCCCAUUGGCUUCGUGAAGUGGAAAACCGUGAAGACAUGGACUGGACACGCAAUGGAUUGUCGUCUGCUGACUCAUUAUCUCAUGUUUAGAAAAAGCACCUAAUUACCAGCUAACGCCAUGCAAGUAGAUUUUCAUUGGUUACCUGUUUGGAACACAAUUGCAAAGGAUAGAUUUGAAAUUGCUCUGGAUGAGUUGUAAAAAAAAGCAUCAGAGAAAAUUUUGUAAACAUUUGCAGCACAUCGUAGGAAUGAUCAGAUAAUGGUGCUUUUCUACCCAUGAAAUUAUGAACUGUGAGGCGACCCCUGGGGUUUAGAUACACCGUUUUUCUCCUCAAGUCGCAAUGAAAACAAUAUGUCUGCAUUUAUCAAUGUCUAAAAACAUCGUAUGGUUGUUAAAAAACAUAAACAGAAAUUGCAAGAAAUACUGAAACUUGAUCUCAUCAAGCCGCAGUGAAAACAAUAUAUCUGCAUUUAUCAAUGUCUAAAAACAUCGUAUGGUUGGUAAAAUAACAUGGGCAGAAAUUGUUAGAAAUACUGAAACUUGAUCUGAAACCGACAAAGCGCCUUGAUGGAGAUAAUGAUGGUUGUGUUUAAGUCCGAUUAUCCAACGGCAACUGCAGUGCAAUGCUGAGUAAUGCUAGGUUCACAUUGUAAGCUCGGCCCGGCCGGGCAGUUUAAAGGAACGAAAUGUAUGAUAAGACAGACAACAGCAACAAAAUAUCAUACCAAGAACUAUUCAAGAUCAUAAGUUGUGUGCAUAUUUAUUUAAAUGUACUUCAAUGUUUCCCGUCCAAAAAAGUUCGACCGGGCCCUGGUUAGAAAAUGUGAAUCUAGCAUUAAUAGGUCCUUUGAUUUAACUUGGGUCUUACCUAUUUCAUUUGUUUUGGCGCUGAUAAUUGAUGAUGAUAUAAUUCAAGUUGAGAUUAAACUGAAAAAAAAAACGAUUUGAGAAAUUAAGAAAAAGUACCCUAACAUAUGUGCCACUACAGCAUUGUAUUUAGUGAUAUUUAAAGAGACAUAUUGAAUAACUAUUACUAUGACUUUUAAAAUUAGUCGGCGGCACGGUUACUCCAUGACGACAUUUGUCUGACAAUCCCGUCACUGUGUUGCCCUUUUGUAGCUCUCAGGACCACCGCCAUUUUAACCAUCGUAAUCUAAAUUUGUCCAAACAUCACACCCAGAUAACUGACUAAAUCUCUUCAUGUCUUUAUUUGCUUGAAGGUCAAAACAUUAGUACAGCCCUCCCACUCUUAUUUGGCGUCAAAUGGCCGAGUGGCUAGGCCAGCGGACACGAGAUCGGUACGAUCCCUAGCAUUCUUGACUAGACGUUUUGCCUUCCGGAAAGACACUUAACACGGUUUUCCUCACUCCACCCAGGUGCAGUGAGGAAAGGGUCCGCCAUUAUGAUGGUUAAGAUGUUGGUACUUUACACCUGAUAAGGAUUAUACAUAUUCAAGAUCUGCUUCUCGCGUUUAUUGUAGAAGUUAUGAAAUUAACCCCUGAUUUGCACAUUUAGUAUCUAAUUAUGUAAAUCAUUCCUAAGCUAUCUAGUACCUACCCAAAUCACUACGAUCAGUCAACUCAUUCUUUAACUUAGAUGUAUUCUCGAUCAAAGUCUGAAACAAAAGCAACCUCUGCUAUUCUGAAAAAGCUGUUAGGGGGCCCAAAUCUACACCACUUACUCUCUGUACCAACAGCAAUCUAUUACUCAAAAUCACUACCAUAUAGAUAUCCAGAAUAUUGGUUUUUUUAAUACGGAUGGUAUCUACUGGGAAUUUCCAUACAUAUGCACGCGAGCGUGGGGAAAAAGAGAAGUUUUGCAAAACAAGAUUCAUUAUAAAAUCUAAGUGAUUACUACCAGUAGGAAGGUUGAACAGAUGAUACGAUCUACAGUAUGACGCAUUUUUUUCUUGGAAGGGAUGCACGAUGUUGCAUGUGUGAACCCAUGUCAUCCAUAUUAUCAAGUCAGUGUAGUCUUAGACAGUCAGUAAGUUUAUUUAGUUUUAGAGUCGUAUCUGAAGGUAUUUACUGUUAGAUAUUAGUUUCAGUAAUAAUAACAACAUUAACAGAUUUUGUGUUUAGCAUAAUAUUAAAGAAACACACUUGGACUACAUAAGUGUUGUAAUUCUUACUACUUUAACUUUGUGCUUGCUGAAUAUUAUUCGAAGAUUCAUACAUAUUCAUUCAUCAUGUAGUUUGAAUAAAGUUGCAGUUGUCGUUCAA